AUGGCUGAUCUGACUACUGCUUCUACUGCACCAGCCGGUGUUAACUUUGGUGAUUUAUCCAAAUUGGCAGCUCCUACUUUGCCCGCACUUAGUGAGCCAGUUCCCAAAGUUGGUGGAUUCUGGUCUUCUAACCCAUUAUUUUCUUAUAUCAAUGAUACUUAUAUCUCGAUUGCUGAACACAGAAAGUCCUUAGGUUUAGUUAACCCUGGUACUGUUGAAGGAUUGAAUAAAGAAGUUAGUCGUGAUGUAUUUUUGAACCAAUAUUUCUUCACUGGGUUAAGAGCUGAUUUCAACAAGACUUUUUCAAUGGAUCCAGCUUUCCAAACUGCUCAUACUUUAUCUAUAGGAUCUCCUGUUUUACUUCCUUACACUUUCACUGUAUUAUAUGCUUCUUCCAACAUGUUUGUCCAAGGUAACAUUGAUAGUGAUUAUUCCUUUAUGGGUAGAGCUAACUUGAAUUGGGACAAGAGUAAUAUUUCCAAGGUUACUCUUCAAUUUGCUAAUGGCCAACCUUCAUUCUGUCAAUUUGAACAAGAUUACCAAGGUUCUGAUUAUUCUAUUAAUUUGAAGGCUUUGAACCCUUCAUUCUUGUAUGGUUCUUACACUGGUGUUGCUCAAGCUUCUUUCUUACAGUCUUUAACUCCUAAGUUGGCUGUUGGUUUAGAAUCUGCUUUCUCAAGACAACCAGGUAGUCCUGCUCCAGAUGCUUCCAUUUCUUACUUUGGUAGAUAUAAUGCUGGUAACUGGAUUGGUACUGCUCAAAUCCAAGGUCAAGGUUCUCUUUUGGCUUCUUUCUGGAGAAGAGUCACUGAUAAGGUUGAAGCUGGUAUUGAAACCCAAAUUGGACUUGAUGCUAAGCCAAUCAUGGACCCAUUAAGAGGAGGUUUAGUUGGAUUUGAACCUGAAGUUAAAGCUGAAACUACAAUUGGUGCCAAGUACGAAUACCGUCAAUCUGUUUUCAGAGGUCAACUUGAUUCUGCUGGUAAAGUAAGAGUUUUCAUGGAAAAGAGAAUCUUGCCUAAUGCUGCGAUCUUGUUCUCUGGUGAAAUUGAUCAAGCUAAGAGUGAAUCAAGAUUAGGUGUUGGUUUACAAUUUGAAACGGCUGGUAAUGAAGAAAUCUUGAUGAUGCAACAAGGUUUGAUUGAUGCUAAUGGUAACCCAAUUCCUGGUGCACCUCAAUUGUAA